AUGACUGUAUUCCCUGUGGAGCAGCGGGCGCGGGCACCUUUGCCGGACGCUGCGGUACUGGAGGAGAUCCUGCGCUUUCACAACUCGUGCCUGCGAGCAGAGGCGGAGGCGUCGGCUGCUUCUGCUCAAAGCUUCUUCGAUUUCGAUGACCUGCCCCCGGCCGGUGUGGCCGAGGAGGCAGCUGCAUGUCCUCGACCUGGCCAGGAAGCAAAGGAAACAGUUCCGGAAAAGUUUGCGGACCCUGUCCCGGUUGCUUCGGCAAACGCGGAGGGACAGCCAGAAGCCCAAAGCAUAACAGCUUUGCAACGUCAGAGCUUUUCCAUUUCGCGGGAGCUCGGGCGGAAGUUGGCCAUGACGGAGCAAGACACUGGGCUGCCAGACUCUGCUGGUGACCCUGGAAACCCCAGCUUGCUCCACGGGCCUGUGGACGACAAGUGUGCCUUGGCGCUCCUCCGCGGCCGAGCGGACCCCAAUGCCGCGCUGGGGACUUUGCAUCGCACACCACUUUUUGCCGCGGCCGAGCGGUGCAAUUUCAAGCUGGUUGACAGCCUGCUCAAGUUCCGGGCAGACGCGAAUCGAGCCGAUCUUGCAGGCGAGACGCCACUCUUUGCUCUGUGCCACGCGGCUGCCUGGGCAGAUGCUUCUCUCCGCGACCGCCGCGCCACUGCGCUGAGGUUGCUUGAAGGCGAAGCUGACAUCAACUUCGCCAACCCUCGAGGUCGUACUGCACUGCACACGGCUAUUGCUAGCGGCGACGUUGCAAUACUUCCGAUCCUCCUGGAGGAGUCGGCUGAUGUGAAUGCAAGAGACCUGGGUGGCUUCACGGCACUUAUGUGGGCCGCUGGGCGAGGAAACGCAGAAGUUGUGAAGUCCUUGCUCACAGCUCGGGCCAAUACGGCCCUGGCUGCCAACCGUGGUCAGACAGCUAUGCUCUUUGCUCUCACCAACAAGUGCGAGUCGGUGGUGGAGACCCUUCAGAAGCAUGCGGCCAUGGACAACACGAAAGCGGCCGGCUCGCGCCAAGUGGAGCAGGCCGAGGCUUCCAGCAAGAGGUGUGGCGACAUCGGAGCUACGGAGCCACCAGCUGCGUUUAUGGGCCAGGUCCGUGCAAAGUUCGCUCCCGACCUGAGCUCCAACUCCUACGCCGAAAAAGUGCGGGGAGUCCCUGCUUUGAGUAUUGGUGCCAUUUGA